AUGAUUGCCAAUGAGGCAACUACACAAUGUAAUAUCCAGAAUCCAAGCAACUCAGAACAACAGUAUUUUAAGACCCGUAUUGGUUUGAUAUGCUCAUGCUUGGGUUGUGUUGUUGGAACAGGAAAUAUAUGGAGAUUUCCAAGAAUUGUUGCAAAUAAUAGUGACGAAAAAGGCGGUCUUGUAUUUUUGAUUGUAUGGUCUUUAUUCCUGUUACUAUGGUCCAUACCAAUGUUACUGAUAGAAUAUGGUACAGGCCGGUACACAAAGAAAGCUAUCAUUGGAUCAUUCCAACAAUUCAUGGGGGAGAAAGGAUCCUGGUGUGGAGCAUGGAUCUCUAUGGUUACAUUUUUCAUAUCAUGUUAUUAUUCAGUAGUGUUAGGAUGGUGUUUCUAUUAUGUUGUUUACUGUAUAGCUAAUGAACUUCCAGACAACGUAGAAGACAGUCGUCAGAUAUUCAGGGACUAUGCAGAGGAAAGUAAAUGGCCUCUAUUGACUCAUGCUAUAGCGCUGAUGGUAGCAGGACUGUCGGUUAUCAAGGGAGUUAAAACAAUUGAAAAGGUCAAUUUAUUCCUGGUUCCCAUCCUACUGGCAAUCUUACUAUUCACUUUUAUCUGGUCCCUUACAAGAGAAUAUGCUGAUUAUGGUAUCAAGUACCUCUUCACACCAAACUGGGAAUCCUUUGGAGAGCCCCGACUUUGGGUCGAUGCAAUCAGCCAAAAUGCAUUUGAUACUGGAGCUGGUAUGGGAAUUUUUAUUCCUUAUUCAUCUUUUAUGAGUGUGGACAAUGCUAUAGUGAAGUAUGGAAUUUUUAUUCCUUCGUUAAAUAACCUUAUAAGUUUAAUUUGCGGAAUGAUGAUUUAUGCUGCAGUGUUUUCUAUACUGAUAGUUAGCCGUGGUGUUCUGGCAAAGGACGAGUACCUGUCCAUCCUUAAAGACAGUGGUCCUGCUAGUACCGGACUUACUUUUAUUUGGAUACCUGUCCUAUUUUCGACACUGGGAACUUUUGGUCGAGUUUUAUCUAUCCUAUUUUUCACCUGUCUGUCAUUUGCUGGGAUAACAUCACUUAUAUCAAAUAUGGAGUUAGUUACCCAUACAUUACAGGAUUUUGGAGUUCCUAGAAAAUUUGGUACACCUGCCACAGUACUGGUCACUUUUUUGGUUGGUAUGAUGUCAGCAUUGGAUAUAAAUAUUUUAACAAAUCAGGAUUUUGUUUGGGGAUUUGCAUUAGUUAUCAAUGGAAUGAUGUUACAAGCUAUGGUCAUUUUUUACGGAACUGAAAACUUUAGAAAGACUCUUUUCAACAGAUUUAGUUUGGACGAUUGGAAACUUCCUAGAGUUUGGGGAUGGAUGAUAAAGUUUGUUUUGCCAGUUGAAGCUAUUGCUAUCAUUGUAUGGUGGGCCGUUGACUUGAUUGACGGGACAACCGGUGAUGGUGAAAAGUGGUAUGAAUUUGGACGAGAAACAUUUGUUAUGACAAUUCUUCAGUGGGGCAGCUUGAUGUUAUUAGUGAUCCUAGUAAAUUGUGUAGUUUAUUUUUACCGACACAAGGAACCAGCAUUAGACAAACGACCGAUUCUAGAUGAUGUAGACACAGUGAUGACUGAUACGAAAACUCCCGAGAAACAAGGAUUAUCGAGCAUGUCCGAGUCAUAUAGAUCGAUUCGUUUGUAAACAUUCCAUAAUAUUCAUAUUUGAAUAUAUUUUCAUAUGAAUUAUAUUAAAGAAAUCUAAAUGAAACACUCUUACUGAAAUGGUAAUAUUUUAAAUAUUAUACAAAAAUGAAUUUACCAAAAAUAUGUUGUUAUUUAAUAUACUUUUAUGUGUUAUAUCAUAUG